AUGCCACGGGAUAUUUUAAGCGACAGCUUAGCUGUCCUUGGAAUUGUAGAGCAUGAAGAUGAAGAAAACUGGCCAUUGGAAGAUAAAACAUCCUUCAAACAAAAUAGUAAAAAAGUUUCCAGAGCUCUAACAAACAAUGACCGAGCCUAUCCGAAGAAUGACUGUGCAUGUUAUUAUAACUAUGCACUUGGGGAAGGUGCUACAAAUCGUCAGACUGAUCCCAUUUAUCAGUACAAAACUAGCAGUCUCCCUGCUACUGCUUCUAUUAAUCAGUCCUGGGACAAUAUAGUUUGUUCAGCAAUGCAAAUAGCCCCUGAAGAUAUUGCCAAUCAACUGUCCCUUCUGGAUUUACCUUGUUUUAAAUCAAUCAAAGCUGAAGAGCUUACUUCAUGUGGUUGGAUGAAAGCAAACAAAUUGACUGAGGCACCAAAUGUAGUGGCCUUUACAAAAAGAUUUAAUAGGGUUAGUUUCUGGACAGUACAAGAAAUACUCAAUGGACAAACACCAAAAGCUCGGGCUGAAAUAUUAGCUCACUUUAUAAAAGUGGCUAAAAAAUUAUAUGACCUGAAUAAUCUUCACUCUCUUUUUGCUGUCAUCUCUGCUUUGCAUAGUGUUAGUAUAUAUAGGUUGACUAAGACUUGGGGCUGCUUAUCAAAGAAAGAUAAACAGCAAUUUGACAAACUUGCAGAGUUAUUUGGCGAAAAAGAUAAUUGGACAGCUCUACGUGAAUAUAUGCGAUCUAUCUCGCUCCCGUGCAUUCCUCACCUUGGUAUAUUUUUAACAGACCUGGUGUACCUAAAUAAUAUAGCACCGAGCUCCCCACACCGUGUUGCUAAAAUGGCGGUAGUAUUGAAAGCCCUAGAAUGCUACCAACAAUCCGAAUACGAUAUCGCUCCUCUUCCUCACGUUGCUAAUUAUCUAAAUAGUGUGCGAUAUAUAGAAGAGCUCCAGAAAUUUCUAGAAGAAGAUCAAUACAAAUUGUCACAGAAACUGGAGCCUCAAUCGCCAGUAGUAAGCUGUGAGGGUUCUAAGGAGUCUGUAAAGGAAAUGCAAAUACAAGGCACUUCCACCCCAUUCUCUCUAUCUCCCUCACACCGACUGGGUUCCGGAUCACUGAGGAUACAAGGCUCAUACACUCAGGCUAAAUUUAUACCGACUCAUAGAAAGUGCAGGUCGCUUGGUUCCAAGUUUCGAAGCGCGAGCUUACCAAGAAAUUUUCACAAGGUCAAUUUCGGUGUGGGUAUAUUCGGUAAGAGCCAUAGCGAGGACAAAGAUGAAAAGACUCCUGGCGGGUCGGUCAAUUUGCUGGAUGACACCUUGCUAGAGUCGCCCAGCUCUGUUUCGGGCAAUAAGAUUACACAAUCUUUGCCGUAUAGCGAUGUACUGUCAGUCAUUGAUUUAGUGGAGUGCGAUUUCCAAAGUUUUGUUAGACGAAAAACGAUAUUGAAAGAGGGAAGAAAGAUAUCGCUUUCUUCAUGGCAACGGUAUUGGCUACAGUUAUCUAGCAAUAUUCUUAUAUUCUAUGGUUCAAAAACAUUUAAAGGGACGAACCGAAGUGACUUCAGUAAGCAGCGUUGUAAGGUGCUACCGUUGCAUGACGGCUGGCGGGCGGUGUGGAUGGAGAGUGAGGCGUGCGAUGUCUUCCAACUCAUUGACCACCACGCUAGUACAAUAUAUAAGUUCAAGACUGGAAGCGAAUCGACGGCGAAGCAAUGGGUGACAACGAUAAAUGAUGUAACAAUCAAAAUGGUAAAGCCGCUUCCUGCCAAUCUCAUGUCCUUCGAA